AUGACUACCGCAGAUGAUAUGUCGUCCACAAUGGGAUCCUCCAUGGUCCAAGCUGCACGCUCUGCGAGAAACCUCUUUUAUACUGUGCCGGUUGAGAUCAUCAGGUUGAUCGCAGCCUCUGCUGAUGAGCCAGAAGAAAAUGCCGCCCUUUCUCUUUGCAAUAAAGACCUGGAGAUAAUCCUCUCCGCCGGCUUUACAUCCCCUGAGGUCACCGCCUACGUGGCAGUGUGCAGCCUUGAAAGAACCCUUAUUCUAAGGACAAUCCGCAUCCAUGGAGGGAACUCAAUGGUUAAUGGACUCACCCGCAACGUCACCAAUGACCGCAGCAACCCAAGAUAUCUCUACGCUCCAGACGACCUAUGCGCUCUCGAUAUCCUUGCGGACAGUAACCGCACGGACCUCUUCAUGGUAUUGCAGCCUUUCCUUACACCUGGCGACUCCAGCAUUUUGGCGGCCUUCAAAGGGGCGGUUGCGUACAAGAAUCAGCAGCUGAUCAACAUACUUCUACCGCUUCUGCACGACAUGGCGGAGGAGGCUUUCGCUCAUACCUGCUUAUUCUCCACUGGGACAAUCUCUGCCGCUGUCCUUGCGCAGAUCCCGGUCGACCGCCGCGCGGAUGCUUGCUCCGCCGCCUUCGAGUUGGCCAUCACUUCAGGCAAUGUCGCCAUCGUAGAGAUGUUGACAGCCGGGGGCGCCGAUAUUAACAUGGUAUUUACCAAUGAGGAGGACGAGAUGGACGAACGUACGGCGCUCCAUUGGCUUGGAACUUAUGGUCUCUGGCAAAAUGAGCAUAGGGGUUCUAUCCUACCAAUGGUCCGAAUGCUUAUCACCGCCGGCGCAGACGUCAACCGAGUCGACUAUCAAGGACGCACCAUUUUGCAUGAGCUUGCAAUGAACGGUUCCAGAGCAGUCACUCCACGUCUCGAAUUCGAGGAUGAUAUUACUGAUCAACGCCCGGAUUCGGUUUAUCGCCGCGUUUUAACCAUGCUGCUCAUCGGGAAUGCAGACAUCGACGCCCAAGACGACACCGGAGCAACCCCUUUGCACCUUGCUGUCUCCAGAGGGGAGACAGUGAUGAUUCAGAUGCUCCUUCAAAACAGGGUCAACGCGGUCAUUACCAACGACGACGGAUUGAGGGCGAGUAACAUGAAUGGUGACAGGACGGCUCCUGCCACCAUCGACCUCGAUGUGUAUAAAUACGAGGUGGAACAGGUGGAACGGUUUGGUCCGAAAUGGGUCGAGGUGCUUUGA